AUGAAUACAAUAUCAUACAUAACACAGCAUUUAAUAUAUCCUUUAAGACCGAGGGCCAAAUCUUUGCAUAAUGAGGUAAAAAGUGGGGAGGGAAAAGUGGAUGAUGGGGUUGGUGUUACCGAAAACGAUGUGGCCGAUGGCAAGUUGAAGACCACAGCUAAUGUUGAAAAACAGGAAAACAGCACUUUGAAAGAGGAGUUGUUAGAUCGACAAGGAAGCGAUGCUGAGAAAGCAUCGAAGCCUAUCAUUGUGAUCAAUGAUGGUGAUAUUCUAAACGAAAAUAUCCUUCAUCAGAAGGUAUGGAACGUGCUAGUUUUCGUGAUUUUUUUUCUCCCAACGUAUUUGAUCUACAAGCCCUUGUUGCUGCUCUGGUUUCUCGUAACACUACCUUUAGCUUUGGUAGAAAGAGGAAUUAAAUUGAGAAACAGGCCAAAAAUGAAGACUGAAAAGGUCUCCGAGUUAGUGCUAUCCGACCCAUCAAAGUUAGGAUCCAUAAACGAAGAGGUGGAAGAGGACUUGGCGGCAGGGGAUGAGUUCUACUUACAACGAGAUAUAGUUAAGGGAUCACUAUUGAAAGCAACGACAAAUAAACAUCAUACACCACUGAAAUCCAAAAAAAAUAGUGCACAGAACCAACACGGCAAUGAGACCCACCCAAACAGUACCGUGUUCGGUACUAAAAAAAUGGGAAGAUUUCUAUUUCCUAAGAAACUGAUACCAAAAUCGAUAUUGAAUAGAGAAAAAAAGAAGACACUGGUUAUGGACUUGGACGAGACACUAAUACACUCGGUUUCAAGAGGGACUACGCAUCCAAAUUCAUCCCAAGGCCAUAUUGUUGAAGUUAAGUUUUCCAUCAGUGGCGUGUCUACACUUUAUUAUGUCUUCAAAAGACCGUACUGUGAUCUUUUCUUAACCAAAGUAAGCAAAUGGUACGAUAUUGUCAUAUUUACAGCAUCAAUGAAGGAAUAUGCCGAUCCGGUAAUCGAUUGGUUAGAAAGUUCAUUUGCCGGAAAAUUUAGUAGGAGGCUUUACAGGAAUGACUGUAUUUUGAGAGAUGGUGUAGGAUACAUUAAAGAUUUGAAAAUGGUUACUCGAGGGUCAAAUCUUGGAACCUCUCCGGAUAGACUAGAAGAUGUCAUAAUUGUUGAUAACAGCCCUGUUAGUUAUGCACUCAACGUUGAUAAUGCAAUACAAGUAGAGGGUUGGAUUAAUGACCCAACAGAUACAGAUCUGUUGAAUCUCAUUCCACUUUUAGAGGCCUUGGAAAAUACCACCGAUGUCCGAAAUAUACUGUCACUGAAAAAUGGCGAAAAAGCUUUCAACAUAGAUUGA